AUGGAUUCAGAAGAAAGAAAAGUCGGUAAAAUUGAUAUAAAAGUAAAAGGAACUCCGUAUCUAAAGGUAUGUUCCAGAAACGACAAAGACCUAGCCCAAUGCAUAAAACGUGCAAUUGAUGGGUUGAAACCUAUUUUUGUAAAUGGAGAUCCUUCAAGGGAGGUCCCUUCCUUAGAACCUCUUGAUGUAGGCGAUUUGCUGAUUGGAAAUUUUGCAGGAGGUGCUGCCGUUGGUAUAAAAGUAUCUGCCACAAAUAUUUUGGCACGAGGUGCUUCUAACUUCGAUAUAACAAAAAUAAGUGCCGAUUUCGAAACAUUGACCUUCAAUUUUGAGGUAUUUCUACCACAUAUAGAAGCUAAAGGUAACUACAACAUCGAUGGCAACAUUUUGCUCUUACCUAUUCGAGGAAAUGGACCAUUUACCGCAAAUUUCUUUAAAAUAAAAUUGGGAAAAGGUAAUAUAGAUCUGAGGAAUCUUUUUGGAGGCGACAAAACUUUAGGUGACAUCAUCAACCAAACAAUAAACUCCAACAUUGAGAUUUUGAGUACUGAAAUUGUACCACUUAUUGAAAAAGCUUUAUCCAAAUUGUUCAUCAGAAUUGCAAACCAAAUUAUAGACAGAUAUACAUUUGAACAAUUGUAUCCUGAAUAA